ACCAACGGGUUAACUUGACACGGUGUUCCCGGGCUAAAAGCAAUUAGUGGUUAUCAUGCGUGUUACCUGUCUCCUUGAGUUAAUACGAUAUGAUUCAAGCUGUAAUCUUGGACAAUGAAUACAAGGAAAGACUUACGGGAGUCAGAGAUAACGGAUGUUGGAUAACUGAGCAAGAGGAUAGAUACAGCAUGUGAUUUUGGAUGUGAUAACUUUGGCCAGCUGUAGUUAUCCAUAAUGAGUGGGAUGCGAGUGGAUGAUCUGACUCACCUGGUUGGUCCACUUACAGAGGACAGCAUUGUCAGAUGUCUGCAGGCCAGGUUCUACAGCCAGCAGUACCAGACAAGUGUUGGGCCCACUCUGAUAUGCCUGAACCCGUUCCACCAUGUCCCAUCACCCAUGGUCCUACAGGACUGUCACCAAGCUGGGCAUCAGUUGCAGGGGCUGGUCAACACUGCCCUGUCACAACACAUCGACUCGGGGCACUCACAACUCAUCGUGCUCAGUGGUGAGAGUGGGAGUGGGAAGACUCACUGCACCAUGCACAUCCUGCGGCUGUUGUACGAGCGGUCAGGCGGGGGCACGAAGACAGACAUGUUCAGACACCUAAUGGCGGCCAUGACAGUUCUCCGAUCACUGGGAUCAGCUGAGACAACGUGCAACACUGACAGCACACGCAUUGGAAUGUACUUGGAGAACUUGACCUCCGACUGUGUGAUAUACAGAACCAAGAUUCAUGGUCUGUACGUAGACCAGGGUCGAGUGACCUAUGUUCCUCGGAGGGAGAAAAACUACCACAUAUUCUACCAGAUGCUGGCUGGAUUAUCUGAUGAAGAAAGAGUGAAGCUACAUUUAAAGGGGUACUCCCUCCACAACCUGCGCUACCUCAGCUGUGGUAACCUCCAACAGAACGUGACAGACGAUAUGCACAGAUUUGAUGUAUGGAAGUCGUCCUUGUCAAUGCUUGGAAUCCCUGUAAUGGACAUACUGAGGGUGUUGGCGGCCAUCUUGUUGCUGGGGAAUGUGGAGUUUGUGGAGAGUCCAGGGAUGGAGCUGGAGGUUGUAGGGAACGAUGAAAUCAAGUCUGUAGCAGCUCUGCUGGGCGUGUCAGGGGUGUCCUUAUACCGAGGCUUCACUACGAGGACUCGCCAUGUUCAUGGCCAUGUCUCCCGCAGCAUUACAGAUGCAAGAAGUGCUAACUCAACUCGAGAUGCCUUGGCAAGGGCCCUGUAUUACCGUACCGUAUCCACGGUGAUGAAGCGAGUCAACAGUAUGCGUCGUCAGGCUUCCAAUCUUGCCCAGAGCAUGGAGAGCCUCGAGUCCAAGGGAAGUCGCAGUAGUGCUCAGUAUAGCCAUCGUCCCGACAUCCUUACCACCAACCCUGGAGAUUCCUCCUCCACAAUCCAACAUGGACGAAAGUUCUCUGAUGGUUUUGUGGGUAUCGUGGACCUUUUUGGCUUUGAGCUAGCAGAGGUGAAUCAGCUGGAGCAGCUGUGUGUGAACCUGUGUGCUGAGGCCAUGCAGAACUUCUACAACAGCCACAUGUUCCGCAGCCCCAUGGAAGCCCUCCACGAUGAGGGUAUUCACCCGGAGAUAGACAUUGUACACUUCAACAACAUGCCUGUCAUAGAGCUGCUGUCGUCACAGACAAAUGGUAUUGUGAGUAUCCUGGAUACUCUGACUGCUCAACCCAAGAAAACAGUCGAGGCGUUUGUCCAGGAGAUUAAAGCAAGGCACAGGAUCAACAAUUAUUUCUUUGAGCCAUUACCAAAGGUUGAGCGGUUGUUUGGCAUCCGCCAUUUCUCAGGCCGUGUUGUUUAUGACGCCAGCAACUUCCUCUCCACCAAUCAGGAUCAGAUUCCUGAUGACAUCAUCAGUAUUUUCUCCAAGCAAAACUGUAAUUUUGGUUUUGCCUCCCAUCUCUUCGCACAUGAAGUCAAAACCAUGAGUGAUAAUGGUCAGGGCCCACGAGGGACCAAGUACAGGAUUCUACCCACCAACCACCAUGAUACAGGAAAACAGGAUGAAGAGUGUCGCGGGUCACUGUGCCACGACUUCCAACUGAGGCUGGACAACCUGCUGCAGUCAGUUGUAAAUGCCAAGCCACACUUCAUCAGAUGUGUCAGAAGUAAUGAUCAUGGUGAGAUGGACUCUUUCUGUCCAGAGACUGUCAUACAGCAGAUCCGGUCCCUGCAGAUCCUGGAGACUGUCAGGCUCAUGGCAGGAGGCAUGCCCCACAGGAUGCGGUACAAGGGGUUUAAUGUCCGAUAUGGCCUGUUCCUGCCUCAGUCUGCCCAGUUCCAGCUGCAGAGUCCCCAGGAGGAGUGUCGGAUCAUCCUGACCAGCUUCCUCAGGGCCAUGGACGACGGCCGGCUUCCCUACGUCAGUACACAAUGGACCCUCGGCAAGAAGCAUCUGUUCUACAGUGAGGGCACUCGUCAGAGUCUUGAGGGCAUGCGCCAGGAGAGACUACACGACGCUGCUGCUAAAAUACAGGCAUGCUGGCGAGGGUCAAAAGUGAGAGGGUUGUGGCCUGAAGUAAGAGCUCGGCUAAGAACACGGAAAUCAUCAGAGAAAAGGUUGAGACACAGAUCCUCUCAUUCCUCCUCCAGUGCCAGCAGCACACGAAACCUGCUGGAGGAAGAAUACAGACCACACAGGGGAGAUCACUCCCAACAUCUCUCCAGGACACACAGGGGAGUUCACUCCCAACCACACAAUGGUCAUCACACCCAUCUACAUAAGGGAGAUCACUCCCAGCCUUCCAGGGGAGACCACUCCCAGCCUUCUAGGGGAGAUCACUCCCUCCCACACAGAGGAGCUCCACAGAGUAACAAGACAAAUCACCAGCACCACAAGGCGGAUCAUGGUAUUGAUCAACAGGGGAUCAGUCACCACCGGCACAAUGUAGAUCAUCAUAGUAGAAAGAUGGACCAUCAGGUGUCAAGGUCGAAGCAGAGACAGGUGGAGAAGGUGGAUGAAUGGGUCCUGCAACAAAUAUGUUCCAUGUAUUCUAUCAACCAGGAUUCCAGACCGCCGAUGCCAUCGAGGCGGAACUACCUGGUGUACGAGGGGAUGAGGAUGGAGUUCCCUCACUACCGCAUCAUGAAACAUAACUUUGCAGGUGAUUCACAAGGUCUGACGCUCAUGAAAGGUCAAGAGGUGACGGUCAUUGGUGUUUCACAGCAGAAAGGUUACAUGAGAAUCAAGUAUUGCAACUCAGUCCUUCACGUUCCCCAUGACUACCUGGACUUUAAGUCAAAUGCUGAUGUAACGUGUACAGAUAUUUGACGUGAGUCAACUGUUGAAGAGUUUGGUGCAUUGAGAAAGUGCUAUGGUGAAACUACCUCCAGAACUGCUGCCAAGUGAACUUAUGUACUCAAACGCCACUCGCUGGUGAUGAGAUUACAGCCAUAUUCAUCAGAGAUGAUCAAAUUAUACUGGGUGGUGAUGACUAGUCAUAAAGGUUGUGUGAAAGAUAGGAUUAUUGAAUCAGUUUGGACCUAUCAUGAGUAUCUACAAUGCAGUGUAAUUUGGGAUGAACAGUUCCCAUGAGUGCCAAGUGUUCUAAUUAUGUCAACUCAGGUUCUGUUUUUCAUGAGGAACUGUCUACUGGAACGAAAUACAGCAGAAACCUGAUUGCAGGAGAAUUUUCUUGGACAAUACGUUUCCUUAUUCCUGGAACAUCUUGUGCAAGAAAGGUGAAGGUGUUUCCAGGAUUAAUCUUCAUCAUGGACGACCCACAGACCACAAGACAGCCACUAGAGUUUCUGUUAGUCUGUCAAUUCAGUAUUCCUGGUGUGUUACACUUGACUCUGAGUGCCAACAAGUCCAAGCUAAAUCUACAUAAAUGAUAUGCAGUUAGGCUAAGUUUAUGGUUACCCCAAACUGACUGACCAAGCUAGAUAAAAGAUAAGACUUUGACAAGAGGGGUACACAGAGUGGACAGACACAGCGGGAGAACACAUGGUAGGACAGACCCGGAAGAUGGUCGAUUCCCCGCUUCACACUCUUUGUGAAGCCCAUAGCAACUCACUAACUGUUGAGCCCACGUAGGGACUAAGCAUACCUUCUCGGCAUUGUGUAACGCCUACUCAUGUCAUAAAGGGUAUCAUAUGACAUUUUUUGUGCCAAGUGAUAAAGUUUUCCUCACAGCUGCUAAUAACUCAAAUCAACCCUGGACGUCAGAGACAAUUCCAAAGAUCUGAAUCAAUUCUCAAAAUACUUUGAAAAACUUGGUUUCCACAAUCGACGGAAGCCAUGAUGUGAUGAAUGGUGUAUUCAGAGGACUGGACUGGAUGUAUGAUGAAAGCAUGUACUGAAUCAACAUAUGACUGUUAACCAGUACUGUAAAGAUUGUGAAAUGACACUGAACCUGAUGUUGUAUUUCCUGAUAUUAUUUUGCCAAAUAUACAUCAUCAUUCAUUCAGUGAAUCAAA